AUGAGUAAUGGUGAUUACUACAUUUCACCAGAUUGCAGUGCAAACCCUUUCACUGUCAGCCCAAGCUAUGAACACUGGGCACCCUGGAUUGGGAGUGAAACGCGUCGAAGUGGCACUGUUCUUAACACAGAGUUCAAAAAAGUGCCAACAUGCUCUUCUUCAACUGAAGCACAGCUGAGCAGUGUUACGGAGGACCAUCUGAUUGAUGAGCUGGCAAAACAAAAGGUAAUGUUGCCUGUUGUGAGAAAAUUGUGCAAAGCCUGCAACAUCGACACCAAGGGCUCCCGCCUUGAUCUCAUAACAAGAUUAAAGGAGAACAUGAAGAGCAGGCAAACUUACCACAAGGUCUUUCAAAGCAUAUGGGGUGCAUCUGGUGGAUGGUCUGUAAUACUUUGCCAACAUGGCAUUGCAUACAGCAUCAAAUUUAACCUGCGUGCAGAAAGUCCCAGGGACUUUGCUCACCUUCUGCUUUCCUGGAAGCACUUCCCAAAUGUCUGUGUGUAUGAUUUUGCAAGAGGUUUGGCCACACAAACUAAUUUGCUGGUUCCUGAUUCAAUGCCUUUCCAGCCUUAUGAGGGCAGACUCUCUGAACCCACAGAAGAGAAUGUUAAAGCUGCCAUGGAUGGACAAUUACAGGUUUCACUGCCAUGGCUACAUGAAAGGGUGCACUGUGAGAAGGAAAAUGCUCAUCCAGUCACUGGGUCUACUGAGCACUAUGUGCUACUAUAUGAUCGAUUCCAUGAUGUCACGGCCUGA